UAUACUUUUGAUAACGGUUGUACAACUGUGUUUUUUAUAUUAAACCUUCUCAAAUAUAUCUGUAUAUAAUAUAUACUAUAUUUCUGAGUAUAGUGUAUAUUAUUCAUAUAAGCAUCGAAUGUUCAAAAACAUUAGUAAGCAUAGAAGUGAAGAAUACAAAAUAAAAUAAUUUGUGUUGAUAACGGACUGUUUGUAAGUGGUGAUAACGCGCUGUAUCGCUACACCUUUUUCAAUAUGGAUAAAUUCAAAAAACCAAAUAUUACAAAUUCAAAAAAGAAAAGGGUGCAGUCAUCAAAAAAAUUACUUGAAACUUUAAAAAUAAAAAAGGAAUGCGAGAAAAAAGCAUUGGAUAUUGUAGUUGAACUAAUCGAUGGUGGAUUGGAAGAACAUAUCUUGUUAAAUAAGUUGUAUUCAAUUAAUGCUUGUCACUAUGAAGAUGUAGUAGAGGAAAGAUUUAUUUUAAAACAAUGUGGAUAUGUUAUGUGUGAUAAAACGUUGACGAACAUACCAAAUCAAAAGUAUAAAAUAUCAUUAGCCCUUACAAAGGUGUUUGACAUCACAGAAAGGAAGAAGUUUUGCUCCAAUAUAUGCUAUAAAAGUUCAAAAUAUUUGCAAAAACAACUAUUAACUACACCACUGUGGCUACGUGAUAAAGAUACAGUACCAACAUUUAAAUUGUUGAAAAUAUGUACGGAAAAGGAAACUACAUCAGACUCAAUACUUGAUGGGUACACACAAUUAUCAACACCAACAACUACUGUUUCUUCACCAAUUUUCACAAAUGAUACCAAGACUGAAAUUGAAGAACAAUUUAAAAAUGUAUUAACGUUGAAAACGAAUAAUUGAAAAUAAAUUAAUAGAGAGAAUAUCAAGAAGAUACUACCUAUCAGAAAUUUAUAAUUAAAAAAUAUUAAAAUAAUAAUUUUUUAUAAUCUAUAUUUUUUGAACAUACAUUGUAAAAUUAUUAA